GGUGCAAAAGAUGACAUACCUCUCAAAUUACCUCCUAAAUGUACUGGAGCUGAUACCAUUCAAAACCUUUUGUUGUCAGUUAGAAGCUCAUUACUUCAAAGUCCUAUCACACCUUGGCAGAACAGAAGUAGUGUUUUUUCUUCAGAACACUACAAUAAUGUACGGGUGUUUAAGAAAUCGGCCGCACUCAAAACUCCUGGUCAAAGCAUACUGGAGAUGAUUUUUCCAUUCCAACAGCCAACUAAAACCAGUAUUGGGGAUUGUGAACGUGGAAAGUUAAUAAUUAUUGGUGAUGGUGUGACAGAAACACCUUCUGUUGCCUUCAGUAGUAUCCUCAAAAAGAGGCAUAAAAAGAUGAAUAAACACAAAUACAGGAAGAGAAGACAACGGGAUGUGUUCAAGCGGAGACAUUUAGAAAACGUAAGGCUAAGAAAGCAGCGAACCAAGGAACAGAAAGAACAGAGGAGACAGGAGAGAUAA